AUGGCUGCUCUCACGACCACAGCCGGCGCAAUCGUCGCGCCUCGCGCGUCCUCGCGCGCGCGCGCCGUCCACACCGCGUCCUCCCGCGCGUCCGCGAUCCCCCCCGCGCGCACCCUCGCGCCGCUCCGUCGCCCCGGCCGCUCCGCGGCGGCACCGAUCUGGUCCCCCCGCCCGGUGCUCACCGUCGCUCGCGCCGCGGGCGAAGGCGAGGGAUCGCUCCUCGACGAGCUCGACGCGGACGCGCGGUGCCCGGUGCCCAAGGACCAGCGCCCCGCGUCGCAGUUCAAGGAGCUGCAGGACUCCCCGCUGCUCGGAUGGGGCGGCCUGGAGCUCCCGGGUUACCUCGCCAGGCUCGGAUUCCUGGGCGCCUUUUUCUUCGUCGUCCUCGCGUACCCCAUUGCGUCCGUAUCCUACGACCCGCGAACGCAACCGCUCGAGGCGAUCAUCUGCGCCACCACCGGCACGUGCGUCGCCACCGCCGCCAUCUCCCUCCUCAUCUACAACAACUGGAGCUACGUACGCGACAGGCUGCUCUCCGCGACGGUGGAGUACGAGGAGACGGGGUGGUACGACGGGCAGGUGUACGUGAAAGACCCGGAGAUGCUCGCGAGGGAUCGACUCCUCGGCACGUACACCGUGCGGCCGAUCGUGGAGCGCCUGCGCAAGACGCUGCUGGCGUGCGGCGCCGGCGUCUUCGUCUCCCUCGCCGCGCUCAACUCCAUCGACGCGCCCGAGUACGGCGUGGACAGGCCCGCGUGGGAACAAAACGGCGGCGCGGGAUUCUUCAGCGAGCGCUCCGUCGCGAUGUACGAACCGUCCGCGAUGAGCGAGGAGGAGGAGGCGGAGGAGGAGGCCGCGGCGUGGGACAGGUACGAGGCGGCGAUGGACAGGUACAAGCGGGAUAACGACGCCGCGCGAGCCGCGAAGUUCGCCGAGGUUUUCGUCGGGCGGUACGCCGACCCCAAACAUCCGGGUUGCGCGAGGGAGAUCGCGGCGGGCUCCUCCGACGGAAGCGCGACGACGCUCGCGGUGAGCGGCGCGGACGGGACCCCGGGGUGCCUAAACGGGGAGACGCAGAGGGAGUGGUCGCUCGAGGGCGUGGUGCGGGGUGAGGGGGAGAUCCUGAUCGACUUCUCCCCCAAGGGCGGCCCGAAGGAUCUUGUUGGCAAGUGGACCGGGAAAGGCAUCCUGUACCCCGACGGAAACACCUGGUCGAAGCUCGAGUGA